GCAACAACAAAACCCAGAAGAUUCGUGUUAGUUCCGGACGCUUCGUUGCUUGUCACAUCAGCUCGAUACAGCGUCGCCCAGGCAGAGGUUAGCGAAUCAAAAACAGAGCAGCUGCCUCUGGCAGUUAAAAUACAAGCCAUUGAAAUCGGUGGCCAUGGAUGACUAUUAUUACCAUGUUCUAGGGGUGCAGAGAAAUGCAUCUCCAGAUGACAUCAAAAAAGCUUACAGGAAACUAGCUCUCAGGUGGCAUCCAGAUAAGAAUCCAGAUAACAAGGAAGAGGCAGAAAAGAAGUUUAAAGAGCUUUCAGAGGCUUAUGAAGUCCUGUCAGAUGCAAACAAAAGGAACGUAUACGAUCGAUAUGGAAAAGAAGGCUUAACUCCAGGUGGAGGUGGAGGAGGAGGAAGAGGACACUUUAAUAAUGACCACUUUUUCACAUUCCGCAAUCCAGAUGAUGUUUUCAGGGAAUUCUUUGGUGGACAAGAUCCAUUUGCAGAAUUCUUUGGUGGAGAUCCAUUUGACAAUGACUUCUUUGGUGGCGGUCGACGUCACCACCACCACCAGCGGGGCAUGAGCAGGAGCCGGACAGGAGGCUCCUUCUUUGGGGGCUUUGGGGGAUUCCCACCUUUUGGAGCAGGAUUUUCAUCUUUUGAUGCAGGUUUCUCUCCCUUUGGGCAUAUGGGAGGAGGUGGAUUUACU